GUUAUCAGCAGAGGGAAAAAGCCCACAGUCGCCAUCACACAGCAGCGGAAGCGGCAGAGAAGUGGCGAGAAAACAAAAGACAACGCGCACUCGUCCUCACCACUUGGUAUGCUCUUGCAGUGUUACAGGAAUGCCCAAGGAAAAAUAUGACCCGCCGGAUCCCAGGCGGAUGUACACCAUAAUGUCCAGCGAAGAGGCAGCCAAUGGGAAGAAGUCAUACUGGGCUGAGCUGGAAAUUAGUGGUCGAGUAAGGAGUCUGAGCACAGCCCUAUGGUCUCUCACCCACCUCACUGCCCUGCACCUCAGUGACAACUCCCUGUCACGUAUCCCGCCAGACAUUGCCAAACUACAAAAUUUGGUAUACCUGGAUCUUUCAUCCAACAAGAUCAGGAGUCUGCCGACGGAGCUCGGUAACAUGGUGUCUCUCAGGGAACUGCUUUUAAAUAACAACCAGUUGCGGGUACUGCCGUUCGAAUUGGGAAAACUGUUUCAGUUACAAACACUGGGGUUGAAAGGAAACCCACUUGCACAAGAAAUUAUGAACAUCUACCAGGAACCUGAUGGUACGCGGAGAUUGCUCAACCACUUGUUAGACCAUCUGGCGGGGCCUAUCAAGCGCAUAACAACAGAGCAGCCCCCGGCCCGGUCAUGGAUCUCUCUCCAGGAACCAGACCGAACCCGGCCAUCAGCACUGUUCUCCGUCAUGUGCUACAACGUGCUGUGUGAUAAGUACGCCACAAGGCAGCUGUACGGCUACUGUCCGUCUUGGGCUCUAACCUGGGACUACAGGAAGAAGUCCAUCAUGCAGGAGAUUCUUGGCUGCAAUGCAGACAUAAUUAGUUUGCAGGAAGUUGAGACAGAGCAGUACUACAAUUUCUUCUUGCUGGAGCUGAAGGAGCAGGGUUAUGACGGGUUUUUCAGUCCUAAAUCACGAGCUAGGACCAUGUCCGAAUCGGACCGCAAACAUGUGGACGGAUGUGCAAUUUUCUACAAGACGGAAAAGUUCAGUGCGGUGCAGAAGCACACGGUGGAGUUCAACCAGCUGGCUAUGGCUAACUCUGAGGGCUCAGAGGCCAUGUUGAACCGAGUGAUGACAAAGGACAACAUCGGGGUAGCAGUAUUGCUUGAAGUCCGCAAAGAGAUGAUGGAGGCCUCUUCUGGAAAGUCGCUGCACUGCAUGGAGAAGCAGCUGCUGCUGGUAGCCAACGCCCACAUGCACUGGGACCCGGAGUACUCUGACGUCAAGUUGGUCCAGACCAUGAUGUUCCUGUCGGAGGUGAAAAACAUAGUGGACAAGGCGACACGAAGCCUCAAGUUGUCAUCGGUCUCUGGGGAAACCAACGCCAUUCCACUGGUGCUCUGCGCUGACCUCAACUCUUUGCCGGACUCUGGCGUAGUGGAGUACUUGAGUACGGGCGGAGUGGACUGCACUCACAAGGACUUCAAGGAGCUCCGCUACAGCGACAGCCUGACCAAAUUCAACUGCAACGGCAAGAACAGCACGUCCAACGGCAGGAUCACCCACGGCUUCAAGCUGAAAAGCUCUUACGAGAACGGCCUGAUGCCUUACACCAACUACACGUUUGACUUCAAGGGUGUCAUCGACUACAUUUUCUACUCCAAGCCUCACCUGAACGUCCUGGGCAUCCUGGGGCCCCUGGACCCCCACUGGCUGGUCGAGAACAAUGUCAGCGGCUGCCCGCACCCUCACAUCCCCUCCGACCACUUCAGCCUCUUCGCCCAGCUGGAGCUCCUCCUGCCCAACGUGCCCCCCCAGGUCAACGGUCUCCAUCUGCCCGCGCGCAGGUAGUACUUCCGUUCUCCCCCACUACCAGCUCUUUCCCCUCCAACCACACCGGAAGGCGGAAAAAAAGAAGAAAAAAAAAAAAAGAAAAGCAAAACCACCACCUGUAAAAUAUUCGUACAGUGAGGUCUGGCCAACAGGGAUUUCGUAUGAUGUUAUCUAUAGAUAUUAUAUUUUUCUUUCUUUUUUUCUCUCUUUAUUUUUAACUGCUCGAUUCAGUCCCUUUCCCCACCGACACAUCGCUCCCCCCUCCCCCCCCCCCCGUCCCCUCUCCACCUCGCUACACAGGAUGGGAGCCCAUUCAGCUUUUAUUCAGUUUUUAGACAGAAAGGAGCACAUUUCCCCCCCGGGGGGGGGGGGGAUAAGCUUCCCACGCCGACGGAGCGUCUCAGUCUGUCUGUCCUGUACAAACCUGAAACCAGCAAAGACAGCAGACGCGUCGCUCUCAGACGGUUAGAGCAGCUGACGUUUUUUUUUAGGGGGUCAGACGAAGCUUUCCCGCUGUUGUUCCGUGGUGCUCAGGCCUUGCCUAAGUGGUGCUACACCUCUGAACACCCAGCCAAUAGCUCCCCCCCCCGAAAAAAGCAGCCACAGGCACCCAUCGGUUACUCUAAUGUGGCACCCUGCUCCUUUUAAAUCUGAGCGAGGGGUCUUUAGGCUGACACACACACAUUUGCAGGCAGAUCUGUAGCACUGUCUCACUGGCCAGUAGUGACACACACACACACACACACACACACACACACACAACAAAAUCAGUGUUUUGUUUUUUUUUCCUCACAAGCGUUUGUACAGAAUAGAAACCUAGACUCGCUCUGUCUUUACAUGAUUGUAUAUGAACCACAACACGGGGAGAAAAGAAAAAAAAAGAUCUGUUUUUUUUCUGGCGGGGUUUUUUUUUUUUUUCUACUAAGAGUAAAUUAUGAUCCCAUUCGAAAGACGAUUGUAUGUACACUACGGCUAAAUUUUUUACCCAGUGGAAAAUUGAAUACGACCAGCUUGUACAAACCAGGUUAAAGAAGAAGAAGAAGAAGAAGAAGAAAAGGUUGUUCACGGCGCUCCCGGUCACGACUUUUGCACUCCUUUUUUUUCGAGAUGAAUGAUCCUGUCGUGUCUCAUGUUUUUAAUUCAUUCUCUCUCUCUCCACUUGCUGGCAGAUUGCUGAGAUUGUACAUAAGACCCUUUUUGAGUACAUCUGCCUGUUGCUUUUACCAAGACAUCCACACACACACACACACACACACACACACACACACACACGUCCGAGCAAACACGGUGCCUCUUGGUAGCUCUCGUCGUCGUCUUGCACUACUACUACUUCUAACAUUUGACGGAGGCCUGAACAACCUUUUCUGCGUGUAUUUUUUAAAUACUGUCGAGACAUUUGUGAAGAUUUUAUGUUUGUUCUGUUAAAAGUUUUUUUUUUUUAUAUACGAGCCGUGAUGAUGUUGUGCAUAUCCUUCCUAUUCUUUCACCCCCCCCCACCUUAGUAAUCAGGUAUGUGUGUGUGGCUCCGCCUCCCCCCGUGUUUAAGACCCAGGAGUAUCUUUUUAUAAGAAGUCGUCAUUGUACAUUAGCACAGCUCUGCUACCUGGACUUUUUACUUUCACCUCUCCCUCCCCUCCUCCAUCAUCCUUACCUUAUCCAGUCGAGUCUUUUUAAAUCUUUUUUGAGCAACCACUUUAUAUCAUUGUCACCCCCCUCGUCGCUGCAGCUACUGUGCCAUCCGUGGUCCCUCCCUCUUAUCAUCCACUCUCUCCAGCCUCCCAGUCCCGUCAUAAGGUCACAAGCACUUAGCAGACCCCUCACUACUUUUUUUUAAACGCCGAGGAAAAAAGCAAGUAAAUAGGAAGUAUGAAGUCAGUCCUCUUUCUUUUUUAAACCGACCAGUUGUUUUCUUCCCUGAAUGGCAUUAGUAUUGUAGUAGAUGGAAAAAAAGGCUAGCUUCUUUUUUUUUUUUUUUUUUUUUUGUAAAGUGUGAAUAAAAGAUGUAUCUCAUGUUUCCUUUCUAAAAUGCUAUUGAAUUGUGUUGAUGUAUAAAUAAUGAAUUGUAUGACGGUAUUGUUUUUACGUUUAAUCCCCACACGCUCGUACGCUCUUCACCACAAACCAAAUCCUUCGGUCACGUCGUGGACUCGAAUGUCAUCCCUCUCAGAAUGAAGGCCAGGAAGGGCAAAAAUGUCGUUUUUUUUUUUUUGCUUCAACCGUACUUAAUAUUUGUGGUUAGUUUUUUUUUUUCCUGUUUGUUUCUUCUUCUCAGCUUUAUUUGGGAGGUUGCCCGGCGCUCGCUGGAGAGUGCCGGAGCCUGAAGGUGAGGGCAGCAGAGCUGACCUCGUCACACUCGGCGUAAUCAUCAUGUUGUUGUUGUCAUUUCCACUGUCGUGGCGGUACACACCAAAGCUGCAAUGGUGUCCAAAUGGAGGGCUGCAAGGACUAGUUCUCCUAUUUACUUCACUUUUUAAUGAAUUGAUGGCAUCCUUUUUAAGUAAAAAAAAAAAAAAGGCAAUAAUCCUCCCAACAUUCACACAUUUUUAGGUAUUUUUAAUCUUAACGCUUAUGCUUGUUCUUCUCUCCCCCCCCCCCCCUCCCUCCCCGCAUUGACUUCAUCAUCACUUGUAUAUUAGCGCCUCUCCUUUCCCGUGCUAGUUGUUCAAUGAUCAGGAUUGUCUUUAUCUGUAGUCAGCGGAGUACAUUUUAUUGAUCUGUCACUGUGUUUAUGCACUGGACCAACUAUUGUUUACCAUUCAUAAAAUACCAGCAAAAAAAAAAAAAAAAAUCAAUUAAUAAUAAGUAAGGAUAAAACACUUGCACAAUGUUGUAGAAUGUUCAUUAACCCAGACGAGAAAUCAAGGCAGCUCUUUUCGAAUCGACGCUUACUGUUUUCAAAAGGAACUGAAUGGUAAACAAUGUUUUCUGUUGUAUCCUUAUUAGCCGUCCUUUCAAUGCUCUUUUUGGACUAGUUUUUGUACUUCUUUAUUUUGGUUCGUUGACUACAGGUUCUGCUUGUUUCCUCUUUUCACCUACCUAUGUAUUUUCCUACUUCUUGUUCAGAAUAAAUUCUAUAUUAUCUGUUUCAAGCGGUGUCACCUUUUUAUUCUUUGCAGUGAAUAUUGUAAUUAAAUGAUAUUUCUCUUCUCA